UUAAGCCUCACUUAUCAUCAUCUCCAUCAUCUCCAUCAUCUUCUUCAUACAUUUCUCCCCUUAAAAAUGGAUUCCAAGAAUCAAUCUUCAGACAACCAAGAAAACCAAGAAGAACAACAACAAAACCAACUCACUUUACCUAUAGCUUCAAUCUCACUUGCCUUAUCCACAAUCCUUCCUACCCAUUUCCUUACACCUCCCAAAAUCUCAAACAUUUUCAACAAACCAAACAAAGUCAAAAUCCCAACACAAAUCUCCUCUCUUUACAAUCUAACCCUCUCAUCAUCUCUCCCACCAACAAAACCCAACUUCAAAUCCACAAUCUCCUCAAACCCUUUGCAAAACACUCUCACUUUAAACCCUCUUCGCCCUAACGAACCUUCUAAUGCUGCUGCCAUUAAAAGAGCAUCAAUCGUAUGGUUCCGUAACGAUUUACGUGUGCACGACAACGAGUGUCUCAACACUGCCCAUAAUGAAUCCAUGUCUGUUUUACCCGUUUACUGUUUUGACCCGAGAGAUUACGGUAAAUCCUCAUCUGGGUUUGAUAAAACCGGGCCCUAUCGUGCUAGUUUCUUGAUUGAAUCAGUUGCUGACUUAAAAAAGAAUUUACAAGCAAGAGGGUCUGAUCUUGUUGUUAGAAUUGGGAAACCUGAGACUGUUUUAGUCGAAUUAGCGAAAUCGGUUGGAGCUGAAGCAGUGUAUGCACAUAAGGAGGUUAGUUAUGAUGAGGUUAAAGGGGAAGAUAAGAUUGAGAAUGUUAUGAAAGAUGAGGGUUUGGAAGUGAAGUAUUUUUGGGGUAGUACAUUGUAUCAUGUUGAUGAUUUGCCAUUUAAGUUGGAGGAAAUGCCGACGAAUUAUGGAGGGUUUAGAGAGAAAGUGCAAGGGUUGGAAGUAAGGAAGACAAUUGAGGCAUUGGAUCAGUUGAAGGGAUUGCCUGCUAGAGGUGAUGUGGAACCUGGAGAGAUUCCUUCUUUGGUUGAUUUGGGACUUAAUCCUAGUGCCACCAUGGGUCAGAAUGGAAAACAAGCUGCUAAUGCUUCCCUUGUGGGAGGAGAGAAUGAAGCACUGCAGAGACUUAGAAAAUUUGCAGCUGAAUGCCAAGCCCAACCCAAUAAGGAAAACAAGGAUGGCACUACUGACAGCAUAUACGGUGCAAACUUUUCUUGCAAAAUAUCGCCUUGGCUUGCUAUGGGAUGUCUCUCUCCCCGUUCCAUGUUUGAUGAAUUAAAAAAGUCCACUUCAAGAACGAUUUCUGCUGCCUCCGGCAAGAAAGAUGGUGGUAGUGGCACUGGGCUGAACUGGCUGAUGUAUGAGCUGUUAUGGAGGGAUUUUUUCAGAUUCAUCACCAAGAAAUACAGUGCUGCAAAACAAAAUAGUGCUGCUCCAGUAACUGCUUGUGUAGGAGCUGCUGCUUAACCAUGGUAUAUUCGAAACGGAGAAUGGAGGUUUCCUUUUGUAUCUUGAUGAUUUUUCCGGAAGUUAAGCCAUGGAAUGUUAGAGUUGGAAUAUCUUUAGAUUGAAGUGUUCAUCAAUGAUACAUUUUGUCUUUGACUAUAAGCAUUGGAUAAAAGAAUUUGUCGCCAUUUCUAGCAGAUGUUCAUUUUUGUAUUGGUGGACUCAGAUUCUUUAAGAAAUUGAGACUGAUAGCUGCAAGAAACUGGUGAUCGUUGGAUAAAAGAAUUUGUCGCCAUUUCUUGCAGAUGUUCAUUUUUGUAUUGGCGGACUCAGAUUAUUUAAGAAAUUGAGACUGAUAACUGCAAGAAACUGGUGAUAUGUUUAAUUAAAUCUCUGAAAAGAUUGUCAAAUUCAUUUUUUAGGUUA